GAUGGGAUUACUGAUAAGCUCUGCAUUUUGCCUCUGAUCUCAUUGACACUAAUACUAGUCUGUGUCUGGAGUAUAUGAAUGAAACAAACCAGUUUUAAAUGUACACACAUACUCACUGCUUGACAGUCAUUGCACUCCAGAUGUACAAUUACCUUUCUUGGUAGUCAUUGAUGGCACUGGGUUUGCAGAUAAGACCAUCUCUGAGUAUAUCACUAUGCAGAAGUAAACAUUUCAUUCAAAGGUGAAGUAUGUUCUUAUUUUAUUAAAACAAGCAAAUAACAGUUGCAUGAGUGAGAAAUACACCAAGUAGCAGAUGGGGUUAUCAUUUAAAAAUGGAAAGAGUAUCAGGUUACUAGGAGCUGUCAGCUAGUGUUCAUGAACUUGUAGAAGUAGUUCCAUUAAUUUUGUUAAUGAAUGAAUCCCCUGCAAUAUUAUUUGCUACCACAGCUGUUCCCGCAUUGUGAUAAAGAAGUAAACAUUUUAAAAUAAUAUGUAUGUUUAUUUAUCAUUUUAGGUCAAUUUUGUUUUAAAUACUACAUUGAUUAUCACAAAGAGCGUAAUUGUCGCAAGGACGGGAAAUCCUUGUCAGAGCAUGAGCGUAAUAGAAUGAUCAUGAACAAGGGCAUGGAUCAGAUAACAGAGAAGAUCUUAAAUCUCACGUUGGAAAUACUCUAUAUGCUGACUGGAGAGGAUCACAUCGUUUUAAAGAAGCCCGGAAAACAUGCCGCAUGCAGCAGUUCUCAAAUGUCACAACAAUGUUUUAAUGCCGCUGACUCGAUAAAAUAUAGGAAAAUAAAAUAUGAGAAGAUCCUAGAGGUGAUCAACAAGAUUGUUAACCUGCUUACUGGAGAGGUCCCGGUGAGGUGUGGUGAUGUUACUGUCUAUUUUUCCAUGGAAGAGUGGGAUUAUUUAGAAAAACACACAGAUCUUUACAAGGACUUCAUAAUGAAUAACCACCCACUGCUCAUGCCAUUGGUGGGAGAAAUGGAAAGGAAUACGUCUGAAGUAAAGCACUUUAUUAUUCCUAUGCCUGACCAUUUACAUGGAGAUGACAUUUUUAUUAAAAAUAAUCAGCAAGCAAAAUGCCAGGCAAUAAAUAAACUAAAGACAAGUCCACUAGAGUCUGUGAGAAACACAGGCGAGGAUUCCAAUUCACUCACAGAGGAUACCAAAACAAAGUAUACAUCUACUAUUCUUAAAGAGGAAUCGACCGCCUCUGAAGAAAAAAAUCAUAUCAACGCUUCAAUAUACACGCCAAUAGUACAUAACUCUACUCAUAAUACAGAGGACUCAACUUAUUAUAAAGACACUCGUAUCUACACACCAACAGAUUCUACACAGAGAGCACAAACAUCUGCUCACAGUAGUCAGGAAUCCGUCUCAUUUCAAGAGGGUCAUUUAGCAGAUAUUUAUAUACCAACAGAGAAUAAAACACAGACUGGAUGUACACAUCAUUCAGAAUUCAGUAAACAUAAUUUUGACACUCAAGAGACUUCUAAGAGCUUUUCAAUGAGUGAAAGCUCUGACAGUAAUAUAUUUUCUAAUAAGAUAUCCUCGGCAGUUAUAUUUCAUGAAAGAUCACAAAAUACAAAGAGGACGUAUAAGUGUAAUGAGUGCAAGAAGUGUUUUACCAGUAACUCUGGUCACAAAGAAAAGCCGCUGGUCUGCUCUGUGUGCGAAAAACCAUUCACUCAUAAAUCGGAACUCAUUACACAUCUGAGGAUCCACACAGGAGAGAGGCCAUUCUCAUGUUCUGGGUGUGGCAAAAGCUUCACUGCUAAAUCCCACCUCACAGUCCACCAAAGGAUUCAUACUGGAGAGAAACCAUUUUCCUGUUCUGAAUGUGGGAAGUGUUUUACCCAUAAAUCAAACUUUGUGACACACCAGAGGAUUCAUACAGGGGAAAAACCAUUCUCCUGCUCCAAAUGUGAAAAACGUUUUAGUGAUUACUCUUGUUGGAUAAGUCAUCAGGGUGUUCACACUGAAGAGAAACCAUUCUCGUGUUCUAAAUGUGGGAAAUGUUUUAAACGUAACUCAUAUCUUUUAAGACAUCUGAAAAUUCACACAAAAGAAAAAACACAAAUGAGCUGAUGGGUAUGAAUCAAUUAGGAUAUCAGAUAUUAUCAUCAGUAGAUUGAUUUGAAUACAAAAACAACUAAAAUGUUUUGCACAAAUACAAGAAGCUUCAUGCAUGGUUGCUAAUGAGAUGGUAGAUUAAAAGGUAUGCACUUCAGAAACUUUGGCAAUAUUUUAUUUGCUAGAUGUUUAAUAAAGUUCUGAACCUAAAUUCAGUAA